ACUCUCUAUCACAGACUGGCCUUAAAGCUGAGAAAUGUUGCGUGAAUUCCUCCAGUCAUGUGGUCAGGCUGAUCCGAGUCACAAGGUUGCGGUGAGAGAGAGAUAAAGAAGGAAGAGCAAAAGAAAAAAGGGGGAGGGUUUAGUGUCAUUAAGGUGUCACAGUCUCAUGAAGGAGGAAGUGAUUUCUAAGUGGUGGAGAAAAAGAGAGAGAAAGCGCAGCAUGUAGAGAGAGAGAGAGAGAGAGAGAGUAUAAAGUAAGAAAAUAGUGAGGAUGAGGAAAUGGCAGACUGUUAAGAAGCAGAUAGAGGAGUGCUCAAAGUGGGAGGAGCCAGAGGAUAAAAAAACUGAAAGUAACAGAGUAGACACUGUCAUGAAAACGAGGGAGAGAGACAGAGGGAAAGUAAAAGGAGAGGUGGACUAGUCCUGUCAGGCAGCAGUGUACACGUCUGCAGUAAAAUGUGGGCUUACUCACGCGCCAGCUAACAGAGAGAGAGAGAGAGAGAGAGGGAGGGAGAGAGCAGCUACAUCACGACUGACAGCCGAGCGAGUGUUUGGACAUGUGGGCCAGAGCUGGCAGCUUUAACUGAAGUACAUUCCUUUUGUGAUGGAGGAGGCGAUCACUCAGUUUAAUGGAGACAGGAGUGAUACUGCAUCCAGAAUUUCAUCAGAAAACACUGAGGUACAUGAUGGAAGAAGAGGAGGAGCAGCAUGGAAGAAUGGUCAGUGUGUCCUGGCUGUGUCCACUUCUUCUACAUUAUACCCAAGCUUCGACCUGUCACUCUGCAGGACUCUGCUGGAGAAGGAAGACUUCCAAAUCCCUGUGGAGGACUUUGAAACUCCUCUUGGAAUAGCGCUGGACCCUCCAUCUGUCAGAAGAUAUCUGUUCUUCAACUCUUCCCUGUUUCACUUCAUCUUGGCUCCAGUCUUGUACAUGGUGCUGUGGUGUGCUAUGUACUCCAGCCUGCACCGGUACAUUGCUGCGAGUGCCAUGGAUUUCUGGGCGCUCUGCCUGUGCGUCAGCCUCGUCUCCAUCUUCAUCACCACCGCCAUCAUCCUCAUCCUCCACUACAACAACAAAGAGAUUAACGUGAACACAGAUGUACGUCUGGUGCACGUGAAUGAGCGGCUGGUCAGACACGGGUUGCUGCUGGGCGUGGCCGACUGGGUCCAGCAGUGCACCGGGAAAAUGCAGCUGUUUUGUGUGUUCUGGGAUUUGUCCCCCUGCCUGCAAGCCCUGACUGAAACUCUGGAGGAGCUCGGCUUUGUCAGAGACGAGAUAGAGAACAAACUGAAGAAGAGAAUGUCCCACCUCCUUGUAGUGAGUGACGUCACGACCUCUGAGGAAGAAGACGACGGCCUAUUGGGUGAGGAGCCUGAUGAGGAGCGCCCUCUGCUGGUGGAGACAAGAGAGAGAAGCACUUCUCUGAGGCAGAGAGAAGAGGCGAAACUGACCAAAAACUACAGCUUGAUACCCGACUGUACCCUUUCAUAUCAGGCUAUUGCGUACCAGCUCUUGCUGACCUACAGUGCCGUCUACGUGAGGCUUUUGGUGUCGGAGAGGCUUCCUGCUUCAUCACAUCGCCCUCUAGGCACGGACAGAAAUCACUGCACAACUGCGUCACUCUGCCUCUGUCAGUACGUCCAGCACAAAGUACUGCGUUAGACAGAGGCAAUCGAAAGAGCGCCCAGGAUGCACACCAGUACAAAUGUGUGAUAGAUGCACUGUUCAUGUUCAAACAAUCACCAGAGACUGUUGUACAUUUAAAUUAUUUUUUUAAGCUGCUCUGUAAAAUAUAUAUGUACGUAAAUGUG